AUGUCAGAGCAAGUGAUCGGGGUUCUAGGCGGUGGACAGCUGGGUAGGAUGAUGGUCCAGGCAGCCGUCCGACUCGGGAUUCCGAUAAUAACUCUGGAUAAGGAGCAUUCGCCCGCCUCACAAGUCUCGAACCCAAGGUCAAUCGAUAGCCAACAUCCAGCGGAUCUGAACCACCAGGUCGGAAGCUUCAAUUCGAUGGAGGAUAUCGAGAGACUGAGCAAGUUGGUCGACAUCCUGACGAUCGAGAUCGAGCAUGUCAACGUAUCCAUCCUCAAGAGCCUCUUGAAGAAUCAGCAGCCGGGUCGCUCCAAGACCAAUCCGAUCAAGAUCUAUCCUCAUCCAGAAGUGAUCGAGAUCAUUCAAGAUAAAUUUAAACAGAAACACUUUUUGAAUCAAGCUGGCAUCCCCGUCUCCGAUUUUGAAGAAAUACCACAAUGUCCCUCGGCCUCCGACAUCGAGGAGCAAGUUCGGCAAGCCGCCGCCAAAUUGUCCUUUCCAUUCAUGUUAAAAAGUCGAUUGUUAGCCUAUGAUGGCCGGGGGAAUUUCCUCGUCAAGAAGGCCGAAGAUAUACCCCGGGCGAUCCGGGCAUUAACUCCAGCCUCCUUCGACUCAAAAGCCGAUCUAUCUGAGUUAAAGCUCUAUGCCGAAAGCUUCGUCCCCUUCACCUGUGAGAUUGCUGUCAUGGUCGUCAAAGGAAUUCCUUCACCUGGUUCUUCGGACUCAAACAUUCGCGUCUACCCGCCCGUCCAAACAAUUCAUCAGGACAAUAUCUGUCACAUCGUCCAUAGUCCCUUGCGCAUCGGCGGUCCAUCGGCCUCAACAUCUGCUAUAACGGUGGCUCAACGAUCUAUCACCGCCUUAGGCUCUGGCGCAGUCGGUGUCUUUGCAGUUGAAAUGUUCCUUUUGCCCGAUAACACCGUCCUGGUUAAUGAGAUAGCACCUCGACCUCACAAUUCCUACCACCAUACGAUCUCCUCAACGGCUGUAUCCCAAUUCACUGCGCAUAUCCUAGCAAUCACGUCCAAGCCUUUACCACCGAGGGAAUCGUUCGAACUGGCCGUACCCUCUGCGGCCAUGGUCAAUGUGUUGGGUCAUGAGAGUGGAGAGAAAGGCGAGAAACAAGUGAAGAGAUGUCUCGAAUUGGUGGGCGGCCUUAAAGGUGUCAGCGUUGAAUCGUAUGGAAAAUUCGGCUGUCAGCGGGGCAGAAAGAUGGCACAUAUCAAUGUCAUUGGCGAAAGUGAUGCAGAUGUCCGAGAGAUCGUGUCUAAGGUGGUCCGAUGUUUACCCAGCAACCAAACAGAUGAACUAGAUGUGGAAAGCCUAAUAAAGAGCCCACCAACGACGGAACGACCGGUUGGAUUUUCGGACCCGACCCCGCUAGUCUCGAUCAUCAUGGGAUCCGAUUCCGACCUUCCAACAAUGAUCGAAGCUUCCCGAAUUCUCUCGCAUCCGCUCUUCCAAAUACCUCACGAGCUGACGAUAGUUUCGGCGCACCGGACGCCGGAGAGGAUGGUAGACUUUUCCCGGUCUGCAGUCAGUCGCGGGGUCAAGGUGAUCAUUGCGGGAGCUGGCGGGGCGGCCCAUCUGCCCGGGAUGGUGAGCGCCUUAACGCCCUUGCCGGUGAUUGGCGUGCCCGUGAAGGGGAAGAUUCUCGACGGGGUUGACUCCUUGCAUUCGAUCGUCCAGAUGCCCCGAGGCAUCCCCGUCGCCACCGUCGCCAUCGGUAACUCCACCAACGCUGCCCUCCUCGCCAUCCGCAUCCUUUCCACCGGAAUGCCCAGAUUGGUCGAAGCGAUGAGCGCGUACAUGGCUCAAAUGGAAUCGGAAGUCUUGGCCAAAGUCGACAAACUCCGCCAAGUAGGCUGGGAGUCCUACUCUUGA